AUGGCUGUUGAUGAAGAGGAAUUGGUAUUGGAUGGAUCUGUCGAUUUAAGAGGAAAACCUGUUGUAAGAGAAAAGACUGGAGGGUGGAGAGCUUGUUCUCUAAUCAUUGGCUAUGAAUUUGUUGAAAGAAUGGCUUUUGCGGGCAUAUGGGCAAACUUAGUGGUGUAUCUGACCACCAAGCUGCAUGAGGGAACAGUCACUUCAGCUAGGAAUGUUAGCAAUUGGACUGGCACUACCUGGCUUGCUCCAUUACUUGGGGCAUACAUUGCCGAUACAUACUUAGGCCGCUUCUGGACAUUCAUAAUAUUUUCUUCUGUAUAUAUCCUGGGCAUGGGGAUUAUGACUCUAGCAGUUACGUUGAAAUCUCUGAGACCACCAGAAUGCCAACCCAAUGAGGUCUGCCAAAAGGCAUCGUCUCUGCAGAUUGGGAUUUUCUACUUUGCGUUGUAUGUUCUUGCUUUUGCCUCUGGAGGAACCAAACCAUGCAUCUCCACUAUUGGUGCGGAUCAGUUUGACGAUUUUCAUCCCAAGGAAAAGUUGCGGAAGAGCACUUUUUUCAAUUGGUGGAUUUUUGUUGUGUUUGGUGGAAGUCUGGUUGGUCAGACAUUCAUUGUGUAUAUUCAAGAUAACAUUAGUUGGGGAUUAGCCAGUGGAAUCACAACGGCAGCCCUAAUCAUAUCAUACAUAUUGUUCAUGAUAGGAAUUCCGCUAUAUAGACAUAAAAUUCGGGCAGGUAGCCCGUUAAGGCGAAUGGGCAAAGUGAUUGGUAUGCUUAUUAAGAACUGGAAAAUGCAGGUCCCAACAGAUGCAUUCUGUCUUUAUGAAGUGGAUUCAAAGGAAUACCUUAGUCAGGGUCGAUACCCAAUUGCUCAUACAAAACUUAUGAGAUUUAUGGACAAAGCAGCAAUACAAAAUACCUCUGGCUCAUGUCCAUGCACUGUGACAGAUGUGGAGGAGACAAAGCUAAUGCUAAGAAUCUUUCCAAUUUGGCUGACGGUCAUUUUUCCCAGUACUUUGUUAGCUCAAUCCGUCACACUCUUCAUAAAGCAGGGGUUGACUCUGCACAGGAAUAUAGGUUCAAACUUCGAAAUUCCUGCAGCUAGUAUUGGUUUUUUUCUUCAAAUAUCAAUGCUCCUAUCCCUUAUAUUUUAUGAUCGCAUCUUAGUCCCAGUGAGCCGAAGAUUCACUGGAAAUCCACGAGGCAUAACUAUACUACAGAGGAUGGGAAUUGGUAUGGUAAUCUAUACUAUUGACAUGGGAGUGGCUGCAAUAACCGAAAUGAAAAGGUUGGAUGUUAUUAAAAGCCAUGGGCUUGCAGAUAAUGCGAAUGCAAUUGUUCCUCGGAGCAUCUUCAUACUACUUCCACAGUUUGGUAUAAUGGGUAUAGCAGAAACCUUUCUAGAAGUAGCAAAACUGGAGUUCUUUUAUGAUCAAGCACCUGAGAGUAUGAAAAGUUUGGGAACUUCAUUGUAUGCAGCUUCGCUGGGAGUCGGUGCCUUUCUCAACAGUGCUAUUCUCACCGCUGUAAACAGCGUUACAGGGCGAAAGGGCCAUCAAAGCUGGAUAUUGGAUAACGUGAAUGCCUCACGCUUCCAUUACUAUUAUGCCUUCUUAGCUAUACUAAAUAUCUUCAACUACAUUUUCUUUUUGGCUAUCUCUUAUUUCUACACAUACAAGAGAGAAAUUAGCCAGGCUUUGGGUGAAGAUUCAACCAAAGUGACAGAAGUUGUUGGCCCUAACAGCCAGAAUGUAAAUGUAACUCACAAUGGUAUUCAGUGUAACCAGAUAAUUAGAAAAUAA